AUGCGUAGAUCACGAGCCGGCGCCUUCUACCUUGCAGUCUUCGCUCUGUUCAGCGGAGACUGUAUAACACGGGCAGCAACGCCUUCAUCUUCGCAUAGUAACCCAGACGUUUGCGCUCUCGAGCCGACCGCGAAGGUGUCCGACGCUUGCGCAUCAUAUGCUGAUCUCGACACUCUGAACGACAGACUACAUCCAUAUGUGCGGAAUUUGGCGAACAACACGGACUUCUUCUCAUACUAUCGGCUAAAUUUGUACAACAAAGAGUGCCCAUUCUGGGACGAUGAGAAUGGAUUAUGCGGGAAUAUAGCCUGCGCUGUAACAACGCUGGAGAAUGAGGAAGACGUACCGAAGAUAUGGCGGGCGGAGGAGCUCAGUAAACUGGAAGGUCCAAGGGCGCAGCAUCCAGGAAGGAAGCAACAGCAAGAGCGACAAAGGCCGCUGUUAGAUCAGCUCGGUGCCGGUGUAGGCGAGAGUUGCGUGGUUGAGUACGACGACGAGUGUGACGAUCGGGACUACUGCGUGCCAGAAGACGAGACGGCAGGUGGGAAAGGCGACUAUGUCAGCUUGGCGAACAACCCUGAGCGCUUCACUGGGUAUGCCGGAGAAGGUGCCCACCAGGUCUGGGAAGCGAUCUAUCGAGAGAACUGUUUCUCCAAAGAUCCAGUCAGCGAUCAUAGCGUCGGAGUACCAGGUCUUUCUGCGCCGCAGCCGGCACUCUCGCAGAACCAAGCACAGGCAGCUAUGGACUUCAAGCAGGUGAUGCGGGCCCACGACCGCGAGAAGGCGGUCAAGUCCGGCACAGCUGAAGCACUCGAUGAUUCCGAAAACACGUGCUUGGAGAAACGGGUCUUCUACCGCAUUAUCUCCGGCAUGCAUGCUUCCAUAUCGACGCACUUGUGCUACGAUUACCUGAACCAGACGACCGGGCAAUGGGGACCGAACCUCCAGUGCUACAAAGAGCGGCUGCACGAAUACCCGGAGCGCAUCUCCAACCUUUACUUCAACUAUGCACUCGUACUACGCGCAGUUGGCAAGCUGCGCGAAUACGUUCCAGACUACACCUUCUGCACAGGCGACCCUCAGCAGGACAAAAAGACCAAGGAGAUGAUCACGAGAUUGGCCUCUGCUAUACCAGCUGGACCGCACAUCUUCGACGAGAGCGUCAUGUUUCAGGACGAUCAGAUGGAGAAUGGCAUCAGCCUCAAAGAAGACUUCCGUAACCGUUUCCGUAACGUGAGUAGGAUCAUGGACUGCGUCGGGUGCGACAAGUGCCGUCUAUGGGGUAAAAUCCAGACCAACGGUUUCGGCACCGCACUGAAGGUGCUCUUCGAGUUCGGGAACGGACACGCAGGCGAAGAAAAGCCGCUGUUGCGUCGGACCGAAUUGGUCGCGCUGAUAAACACGUUGGAUAAGAUUAGCUCCGCGAUGAAAGCAUUGGAACGUUUUCGAGGCAUGCUCGCUGCUGAACUGAACAUUGCCGACCCAAUCGCGGAAAGGAAGGCUGCACACGCAAGCCCUGCGGAGAGCGCGGACGGGCUUGGCGAGCUGGACGAUUUUGCAGAUGCGGACGAAUUGCCACCGAAGCAUGUAGACUCGUUGAGCGACGCUUUCUGGCAGGAGUUUGGCCUUGUCUGGCGGGCUUAUGUCUUUGUCCUGAACUCGUGGCUGGGACUACCGCAGAAGCUGGGCAGUAUCGCCACACAUGAGAUGAGCAGGCUGACCGACUUCUGGCUUGGAAGGCCUAUCAGGCCUCGAGGAUGGGAGUUUCGGGGUCCGGGUAGGGAUGAACUUUGA